UCCUUAAGGGAAACAGAACCACGUUUCCCAAGAUGCCCUGCCGUUCGUUGGCUCGAAGCCCGACCGUGGAGGCCUCUGGGAGUAAUGAGAUUUGAAUCCUGACAAUUCUGACAUCCGGACCGCAGAGCGAGAGGUUGAGUAGGGACCCCGCUUGGUGUGUUAUCCAGGGUCCUGGGGAGCAGAUUCAGAAUGGGGAAGCGGUACUUUUGCGAUUACUGUGACCGAACGUUCCAGGACAAUCUUCACAACAGGAAAAAGCACUUGAAUGGGGUGCAGCAUUUAAGAUCCAAGAAAGUCUGGUACGAUCUCUUUCGAGAUGCUGCAACCAUCUUACAAGAGGAACAGACAAAGAAACCCUGUCGGAAAUUUUUGCAAACAGGCCACUGUGAUUUUGGCUCCAACUGCAGAUUUUCUCACAUGACGGGGGUGGAUCUCGAGAAGCUGAACAUGCAGGUACAAGAGGAGAGGAGAGCAAGAGAGCAGCAACAGGAUGGCACGGUGCUCCCGGCAGGCACCAUCGAAGAAUGGCUGGAGAAGCGUGCCAAGCGGCUACGGGCAGCUGAGAGAGACAGUCCUCUUUCUGAAGAAGAAUUGGUUUUCCAGUAUCCGCCUGGUUGGCCCCCGAUCCAGGAACUGCCACCCUCCCUGAGAGCGCCCCCUCCUGGCGGAUGGACGAUCCCCCCAGGUCUCCAGUGGGGCUGAGAAACGGAUGGAGAGGAAACGAUGGGCCGUUUCAGGCGGAAGAGUUCUCUGUGCGCCUUUGGAGAAAAACAAGAGAAUUUAAGUGAACCCGUUUCCAGAAAUUCCCGCAAAUCUCUUUCUGUUUAGAAUUUCUUUCCGUUUCAAAUUUCUUUCCAUUUAAGAAUUUGCAGAAAGGAUACCCGAAAAGAAGCACAUUCAAGGAUUGAACAAACAGAAUAAUUUAUUUAAAUUGUCUCGUUUAAUUACUCACAGCGCCAGGGGGCACUUUGCUCUAUCUGCAGUGCUGAGCCCAAGCAGCAAGGACAGUCUCCAAAAUUCAACUUAUAAAGAGGUUGCUUUCGAUGGGCAGGUUUUAUUGCCUUGCCACUUCUCUGUCCCGUUCCCCCACCAACACCAAACCCCCCAGGAGUUGCUCAGUUUAAGCCUCAGCAAAGGAAAGUUACGUAUUAAUGAGAAUUAAUUCUCUUAACAGGCCCCUGCUAGGACGAAAGAAUAAAUAUAGCAAAUUCUUGUUAUUGCUAGGUAUGGACUAUAAAAUCACAGCGAGCAGCGAAUUGGCAAAUACUGAAUUCCUGAGAAAAUACACCGCUUGCUUUCUGCAAAUCUCUACUCAACAUUUUUCGCCAACUGGCCAAUGCGCAAACUUACUUUAAUCGUGUUUCUGCUUAAAGAGACCCCACUUAAUGUGUGCCUGUGUGUAUUUCUUGUUAAUAAAGUCCAGAGCAAAAA